UUGCAACCAAAUAGCAAAACCUCCGAAAAAGAAAAACAACUCGGUUUUAGAUCUUCUGAGGAACGAAACCUCCAGCCCAAAAACCUCGCUGCCUUUUUUUAAGGCUUCUCCUCCGGAAUCUCGAAUCCCUGCAUUUCAGCGGCAACUUCCACGGCCUCUGUCGAUCCAAGGCGGCGGUAGAGCUUUAAGUGAAAAAGAAAACGAUAGCAUGGAUUACAAAAUCGUGGGUAAUGGGUCUGCUGAUAUUAUUCAUGAGAUUGAGAAGCUGAAAUUAGAUAAAAAGGAGAUUGAGAAUCGUAUAAGCAAGCUUGAGGCUCAGCUGAAGGCUGAUGAAGCUGUACAAAUGAAAGCUAAUCAAGCCUGUUCGAGUUAUGAUUCUAUCUUGGAUGGGCACGCCGUUUCUUCUAAUGGUUUGACGCCAGGAAUGAUCUACAGAUACAGUCGCCAUCUCUUGCUUCCUGAUUUUGGUGUUGAAGGACAAAUAAAUCUUGCUAAGUCUUCAAUCUUGGUGGUUGGAGCUGGAGGGUUGGGGUCACCUGUAGUGCUUUAUCUUGCCUCCUGUGGUAUAGGUUGCAUAGGGAUUGUUGACAGUGAUAUUGUUGAGCUUAAUAACCUACACCGGCAGAUAAUCCAUCCAGAAGCAUAUGUUGGCCAUGCAAAAGUUAAGUCAGCAGCUGCUGCUUGCCGUGCGAUCAACUCUUCCAUUAAUUUAGUGGAACAUAAUCAAGCUUUGCAAGCAUCAAAUGCUUUGGAUAUUGUAAGCAAAUAUGACAUAGUGGUGGAUGCAACAGACAACUUGCCUAGUCGAUAUAUGAUCAGUGACUGUUGUGUUGUGAUGAACAAGCCCCUUAUAUCAGGUGCAGCACUAGGCUUGGAAGGCCAGCUCACCGUUUAUCAUCACAAGGGUGGCCCGUGUUACAGAUGCCUUUUUCCAACACCACCUCCUACAGCAGCAUGCCAGAGGUGUUCUGACAGUGGCGUCCUUGGGGUAGUUCCUGGUGUUAUUGGUUGUCUUCAAGCUCUUGAGGCAAUAAAGGUUGCCAGUGGUAUUGGCGAAACCCUAUCUGGAAGAAUGCUUAUUUUUGAUGCACUCUCUUCUCGUAUCCGAAUAGUCAAGCUUAGGGGAAGAUCAUUGCAAUGUUUUGCCUGUGGUGACAAUGCCGACUUUACUCAGCAGAGUUUUCAAAGUUUUGAUUAUGAGGGCUUCACGCAAUCUCCUAUGUCUGAUAAGGCUCGCCCGAAGCUAAGUUUAAUUUCUGACAGUGCUCGAAUCACAAGUAGAGAGUACAAAGAUCUGAUUGAUAAACAGGAACCACAUAUUUUAGUAGAUGUACGCCCUGCACAUCACUUCAAAAUCACAGCUAUUCCUGAAUCCAUUAACAUUCCAUUAUCUGCAUUGGAGGAUCAGAUAUCACUUGUUGAUUCACAUUUGAAAGAAGUAGCAAAGGAUUCAGGUAAAGCUGCUUCACUUUAUGUAGUUUGUAGAAGAGGAAAUGAUUCACAGAGAGCAGUUGAUUUCCUAAACAAGAAUGGUUUUCCUCUAGCAAAAGAUAUUAUUGGGGGACUCGAGUCAUGGGCUCAAGAUGUCGAUCCUUCAUUUCCUAUAUAUUAGGAAACUUACAAAGAAGGUGCUAUUUAUAGGGAAAAUGCUUGUAAUUCAUUAUCUGACCUUCUGUUAAGGAUUGAGAGAAGAAGAAUGUUGUUGUAAGUUGACUGAAUUUUAGAUGGAUUAGAGAUGUUCUAUCACAGGUAUAUUGUGUUUGUGACUUUUUUAUUGACUUGUCUAGGACACUUGACUCUUUAAAAUAUGUCAACAUCAUCAUCAUUAGUGUCUAUUCAAAUUAUUUGGGAUCAGUUCUAUGAAUAUCCUUAAA